AGUCUCACUUAGCUGUCAUUUCACGUAAAGCGGAAGGAGGUGUGCGUCUUGUAUCAGAAGCCUUGGACUGUUCAAGCCACAGGAAACCGUACCAGCUCUGGCAUGGAGAUGGGGACAUCUUGGCGUGUGUGGCUCAUGCUCCUCCUUUUCUACAAAGCCGGGGCCGGCAGAGCAGAGGCAGGCGCGAUGGAGCUGAGCCGGAUUCUGGGGGGCUCCAUCACUUUCCUCCUGGAUUUCCCAGCAGAGCAAGUUAAAAGUGUUGUCUGGACGGUAAACACAACGAGGAGUAUAGUAACUGUAGGAGCAGGAAACCCCCCCAAUGUCAUUGUGUCCGACCCAUCCUACGAGGGACGCCUCAGAUUCCCUGCCGAGAGCAACUCACUUCAGAUCACCAGCCUGAGGAUGGGGGACAUGGGCACCUACAGAGCUCAAAUCACCACAGCUACAGGCACCAUCCACAGACCCUUCCUGCUGCGCGUGUACAAGCAAGUACCGGAGCCAGCUGUCCUCUGUGACUCAGGGACCUGUGUGAAUGAAACCUGUAACUACAACCUGAGCUGCACUGUCAGGGAUGGAGGGGACAAUGUGACCUACAGCUGGACUCACACAGCAGGGGGCGCUGUUGUACCCAAUGGGUCCAUUCUGCACAUCUCUCUGAGCCCCCAUGAUGCUCACCUGAAUGUUACCUGCACAGCCCAGAAUCCCGCCAGUAACAGCACCACAACCGCCUCUGCAAAGGGCCUUUGUGCAGCACCCACAACAGCCACCACCACUGUAAACUCAUCUCAGUUCCAAUCUGCCAGUACGGCUGGAAUUGCAGUUCCAAUUGUUAUUGGCAUCAUCAUCGUUGUCGUCAUUGCUCUGUGCUAUGUGCACCGGCAAAAACACAAAAAAGAGGCUGAUGCAGAAAAAAACACGGUUUACGCCCAAGUCGGUAAUUUGCCACUGCCUUGCAGUAGAACAGGGACUCCGAAAGGGGGGCUGAAGACCAAGGAGGAUGAGACAAAAACGAUCUAUGCCACAGUCCAGAACCCAAACCAGUCGCCUCUGCAAACGGAUGAUGAGAAGCUGGGCAAGGACGGCCUGGAGUCCAUGAAGAACGGCAAGAAAACCAUUUAUGCCACAGUCAACGAGCCAACCCAGACAAAGACCACCAAGUCCACAGAUGCUGAUGAUUCUGCGGCCACUCCAAAACCUCAAAGGACGACAGAAUAUGACAAGAUCAUCUAAUAGCUUGUCAAGGCAACACAAACAUGCAGCGAGAAACAAGGAAUAAUUCAGUACCCCUGCAUCACACACCCAAACAGCAGAGGAUCAAUGCAUAUAAUUUGUACAGCGCCUUGCACAAUAGGGUCCUAGUCCCCGACUGGGCUCCCAUCUGCUACUGCAAAUUGUAAUGUGGACAGGCCCUGGUCCUUGGUGGGCAGACUGUCAGCACAAACUCUUCCAAGACAGGGAGCUGAUUUGUGCAACUGCUCAACAAAGAGGUGUUUUCCCCAGAUAUGCACUAUGGUCUCAGAUUCAGCCCCUGGCCCUUGUGCCAUGGGAAUCCAACCCGUCUCACUCCACUGACUUCGGCUAUAAUGUUUAAGAAGACGGGAGUGUGGUAAACGUCUGUCUCAAAUCUGGACUUAGAGUUCAACAU